GUAUCCAAAAACACCAUAUCAACCAAUCACAACCCAACAACUUCAACACCCUUUUCUCUAAUUUUCUCUCUCCACCUCUGUCUCUGCUCUGCCCUGUCUCUCAAAGAUCUCCCUUUCUUUUUUCUUUUUCUUUUUAAUUAAUCACCCUCCCCCCCUCUUUCCUUGUGCAUAGAUGUGCUAAAAUUUAGAUUCAUUCCUUGAACCUCUCUCCCUUUACUUUCCCUCCCUCCUCUCUUUACUUUGCUGCUUAAACUUCAAGGAAAAAGGCAAAAGGCAAAAGAAAAGAAAAAAAGAUAAAAGAAGAAAGAACAGAUCUUUCUCUUUGGCCUCCUAUUUUGUUGCUUGAAUUUUGUGUGUUUUUCUCACUCCUACAAAAUGCUCUGCUUCCACAAUCACUCUGUUUUCCAUUUUCAGACCUUCUAUUUUCAUCACAAUAAAACUUGCUCUGCUCUUCUGAAACUUUCCUGAUUUAGCUAUGGCAGCCCCAAUUGAACAUACCUCUAAGAUUUCCCCUUUCUAGUAUUAGCACAAGCUUCUAUCUUCCAAUCCAGGAAAAUAAAAAUAAAAUCUUUCCUUUUUCGGAUUAAAUUUUCCUUUUGGGGGGUAAUUAUAAACCCUCAAUUUCUGUUCUUCUACUCUGCUAAUUAUUUUCAAAAAAAUUCUCAAGUUGGGAUAUUUUUGAUAGAUUUCUUUGAUAUAUUGGCAUAGGUGGGUCUUUUGAUAGAUUCCUCAAGAGGGGGGUAUAGCCUAUUAUGCAAAAGUAAAAAAAGAAAAGAAAAAGAGGUGGGAGUAUUCUGAUUCCUUUCAAAUGCUCCUACUCUCUCUCUCUCUCUCCCCCCUAAUUUCUCUCUCUUUAAUUCUCUAAAAUUCUGAUUGUAAAAUCUCAACCUAUACAUUUGGUUUCUGGGGGGUGAAAACAUAUCCUUUGAGAGAGCAAUCAAUCAUAAAGGAAUUUGAUGAAGUGGGAGAUGGAAGUUCUAUCAUCAUACUUAUCAAGUGCAAGUUGGUUAAUUGAUGAAAGUAGGAGCACAACCUGGACUCAAGAAGAAAACAAGAGAUUCGAGAAUGCGCUUGCUGUUUAUGAUAAGGAUACCCCGGAUCGUUGGCAAAAGGUAGCAGCUAUGCUCCCUGGUAAAACAGUGGGAGAUGUUAUUAAACAAUACAAGGAAUUGGAAGAUGAUGUUAGUAAUAUUGAAGCUGGUUUAGUCCCGAUUCCUGGUUACGAUACAGCCUCUGCUUUCACCUUGGAAUGGGUUAACAACCAUGGUUAUGAUGCUUAUAAGAACACUUAUAGCCCUGGUGGCAAGAGGGGCCCGCCCGGUGUUCGUGGGUCGGAUCAAGAGAGGAAGAAGGGGGUUCCAUGGACUGAGGAUGAGCAUAAGUUGUUCUUGAUGGGGUUGAAGAAAUAUGGGAAGGGAGAUUGGAGGAACAUUUCAAGGAAUUUUGUGGUAACACGAACUCCAACUCAAGUGGCAAGCCAUGCACAAAAAUAUUUCAUAAGGCAGCUAUCAGGAGGGAAAGACAAGAGAAGAGCAAGUAUUCAUGACAUAACAACCGUGAAUCUCGAAAAUGAAGCUCUUUCACCGGAUAAUAACAGCAAGAGGUCUAAUUCACCUGAACAAUCCACAAUUACAGUGCAAACCCAACAGCAGGCUAAUUCUAUUACCAUGCCAAAAACACAUUUCCAGUGGGAUCAAUCCAGCAAUGGAACAGCCAUCGCUUUCGACUCCAUGCAAGGUAACUUGUUCAUGGCACCCUAUGGUGUUGGAGUUGGUUCUUAUGGUUUUAAAGUUCAAGCCCAGAAUUUACAGAGGACCGAUUUUGUAGAAAACUAUGUUGGACCUCAAACCAUGGGUUUCCAGAUUCAACCAACACAACACUAUCCUCAUGGAUGACAUGGGAGAUUAAUUACUCCACUCCCUAGUGUUUUUAACAAGGAUGUUGUCUUAAUCUUAGUACUUGAGUUUGUAUUGUUUCCAUCUUUGUUUUUCGGGUUGGUUUCUUUAUUUUUAUGUUUUCUAGAACAUAGCUGUGGUUUCUGUCUCUCUAGUCUCUACUAUGGUAUGGUAUGGUAUGGUAUGGUACGGUACGGAGUAUUAUCUAUGUGAAUAUUAUUAGUCCAUGAUAAUAUCAAAUUAUAAGUGAAAGAGACGCAACAGAAUUGUAAUUUGGCUUACAACAUCGAAAACUAUUGGAUUUUGUACAACUAAUUCUAA